AUGGCAGACGAGCAUCACGAUGUCAUAGAGGGCGCAGACGCAACCGAGCUCAAUGCAGACUUUAAUGCUACUGGGCAUGCAUCCACCAUAAGCGAUUCUAAUCAUGAAGAUGACACAGCGAUCGAUGGCACCCCUGAAGUAUUGGCGUCAGAAAUGAAUGCAGAUACAUUGGAUGAAGAUGUAAGUGCCUCGAGUGAACAAAGAGACGGUGAAAAUACUCGAGCAGACACAGAUUUGUCUAAAAACGGUGAAGAGAGCGAGCGUCUUCGUGAAAAUACCCAGCAGACUGAUAGUCCUGAUGAUUUGCAACCUCAACCUGGCAGAUCCAAAGAAAAAAAGUCUUCACUCGCCAAAAAAUACAUCUCCUUCAGCAGUGGCGCACUCAUCAAACGUUUACGAAACCCUGGUAACCGGUCUCCGAGAGAACUUGAUUAUAUCGCAGGCCUUCUGAAGAAAAAAACAGGUCCAGUGAUUCAUCAUGUUAUCGAGAAGAAAGUCCGGAGAAGUUAUGGUUCUGGGAAAAAGAGAUAUCAUCCAAAAAGUCCUGUCGAGCUACUCGAACUUUUACGUUACAUGCCAUUACAAGCAGAUCUUGGGAAGGCUAAUUCUCAGGAAGAAGACAAUCGCAGGUGGGCCGUGGUAGACUCCCAAACAUUGCCUCGCAUGGAAACCAACAAAAAGGAGAUAGAAUGCCCAGGACUAUUCAUGCGAUUACACGACGCGUCCAGUAAGUCCAGGUUAGACGAUGAUCAUCAUGGCUUUCUUUCAGCAGCUUCGGCCUUGCCUCUCCGCACCAAAAAGGAACGCCAAGAUUUUCUACGUUUUCAUACCUACUGGAGACACCGAGGUCUUACUCAGGGUAUUUCGGUCACAAGUCACUUGAGUAUGCUUACGUCUGAUCACAUUUUACCGCGCUUUUAUGGCACCCGAAAGAAGACUGAAAUGAUCUGUGCAAACCUGACUCUCAUCAACGGCUAUGCGCAAAUUGCGGCUGGAUUUCCAAUCUUACGAGUGACCGAUGAAAUGCGGCAUUACGAAGUGGUUUCCCUCUAUGGCGACCAGGAGAUGUACGGUAUGAGCUUCUUCGAAAAUGAAUACCUUGUUCCAUAUUGUGUCGUUCCUGAUGCCAUCAUUACCACUUACAAAUGGCGAGAUAUCGAAAGUUGGAUGAAGCAGAGCAAAUGCAGCUAUCAAGAUUGGUACACGACAUGGGCAGUUCCAGCAUAUCAAGCACAUGAGAAGGCUCGUGUAGAGGCUCUUGUGGCAAAUCCAGACAUGUAUGAAGACGUCGAGUCUAUUUUUGUCGACGAUAAGACAAUUGAUGAGCUAGAAGCCUUGUUUUCUGUCCCUAUCAAAAACCCACGUGCUCCUAGAAGAUCUCGACUACAAUCCGAGGCAGAAAACUUCAAAGCAACUGAUUCUGAUGAGAACCUUGAUUCAAAUGGCGUGGAGCGACGUUGGGUUCUUUACGAACAGUCCGGCGAUGCAGCUACUUAA